GCACGUAUAUGUGGCAGUGACAAAUACUAUGAUGACUUUCAAAUAUGACGAAAUCUUCUGUCAGCUCUUUUAGAAGUGAUUUUAUCCAUUGAUUUCUUGUAUCAAGUUACAAAAUUUCCGUGUAUGGAAUGGAUAAAGAACGAUCUCAAUCUCCAUCUUCAAAUCGCGACGACGACGACAAUAGGAACAUACGUAUCAUUCCACCGUCUACGUCAGAAGCUAGUGAAGAUCCAGUAAAGAUCCAAAAAAGGAAAGAUCGUAGAGAAGCUUUCCUUGAAAAGAGACUCGAGUCUAUACCGGAGAAGGAAAGCUUGGCCAGUGCGAAGAUAGAACCAACUGUGAGUACAAGAAUCGGUUUGCAAUAUGUGAGUGAGGGAAAGUAUGUGCCUGGUGAACCUAGACCUAGGUACAUCGCUCCAAGAGCUAAAAAACAACAAAAGUUUUUUGAAAGCAGAAGAGCCAAUACCGCAGACAAGUUUUGUAAGUACAGUAGCGUCAAGAUAGAUGAUCCGACACUGUCGAAAAAAGUGAAUGCCAAGUUGGCUGUACCUUCUCCAGAACCAAGCAGAGCAAAAGUAGAACCACGAAGGGUGACGCCGACCCCGAGUUGGCUGUACCCUUAUCCACAGACGAAAGAGGAGUUAGAACUGAAGAAACCUAAGAGUGGUAUCUUUAUCAAUGAAACUAAGACGGGUAUUCAAGGCUAUGAUAGUUUCGAAUUGGUCUAUUCCAAAUCGCCAAGAUCUGAUGUGCACACUUCAAAGGGGAAACAAAAGAAACGAAGGAAGAGUAAAAGAGGUAGAGGAGAAAACGAAGAUGACGAUCAGGGAGAGCAAAAGAACAAGAAAAGAAAGAGGAAGAGGAAAAUAAUGAAGGAAGAUGGUCAAGUAGUAGAAGAGGUAGAAAAUGAAAUGGAAGAAAUGGUCGCUGAGGGCAUGGGAGAGUAUCCAGAAAUUGACGCUUUGGCAUCUUACUUGACGAAGCAGUUUAAAAGAAACGUUACGCAGAUUUCAGCUUCCACGUCCUACCAGAUCAAAGAUAUACAAUCUCUGAUCUCAGAAAAGGAAAUUUUGGAAGUGGCUGCUGUCAACAAAUACAUCCAAAAAUUUCGUAGGGAAUCUGAGGUGAAAACGUACGUGCCAAAGAAACGAAAGUUUAAGCGGGGAACCCUUGAAAGUCAUUCGUUCACUAAUAUUUGGCAACCUACUCUGAAAGAGUUCUUUUUUGGAUCCAAAGAAGGAUCUAUGCACCAAGGUGAUGCAAGUUUCAGCGAAAACAUCAGAAACCGUCAAGGCAUAUGCAUGCCAGUUGCAGCUUAUUGCUUUUCAAUUUUGAAACAUCCAAACAGAUGGACAACAGAGAACAUAGACCAAAUUCUAGAAUAUGGGAACAAUCUUUGCAUUGAAAGUGCCAAGCACUGUCAUAUUCACAACCUCGAAGCUGAGCUGAAACCACAGCAGCUGAUAAAAUACUGCGUGCUAGGUGAUAAGAAGAUAAGAUUCAUUGUAGAAGAACCAGAAGUUACGGGCUACAUUCGAUCUGACAACAAGCGCGUUUUCAAUCUCACAAAGGCCCUAAACAUCUUCUUUGCACGACAGAAUGCUGGCAUUCUGAAAACCCAAGAUCUAAGCAUCGCAAUGUGGAAGGACAAGUAUUACUACUUGUUCGACGCCAGACCGCGUACCAGGGAUCUUUAUGUCGCGUCUGGUGGAACAGCGAUCAUGGCCAAUUUUUACGAUAUACCCUCUCUGGUUACGGUGUUUUUGGAUAGAUCUAAUUUCGGAAAUUGGCCUUUCCUGAUUUAUCCUAUAAAGGUGACGAAGGUCCUGAAUAGGGAUGACCCAGAACCUAAAUCACAGAUCGGGCUGGAAAGUAUGAGUACCUUCAAUGUGUUGAAUGAGCAAAAAGCUGUUUGCUUAGGGUCGUUUGACUUGUCUGACAAAUGUUUUGACUUUGCGAGAAACAAACAAUCGCUACCUAUGUCCGUAGUGUCCUUGGUGUAUUCCAGGAUAACGCCCCCUAGUGCCUGGCACCGAAGCACGAUAGACAAGAUCAUGAUCAUUGGCAACCAACUCUACCUGGAAUGCAUAGAGUGUGAAUCUAUCGUUGAACUUAGGCUUGAUAGCCUGCCCGCCAUCUUCACUGUUGGUCCAUAUCUGGUCGAGAUCUACAUCUACGCCAACGUGUUCGUGGAUUUCAUCUACAAAAAUUGUUGCUGUCAACUGAAGAGCACUUUGGAAGAGUACUUCGAGACGAGCACAAAUUCUAUCUUGCAGAUUGGGAAGUGUUAUUUGGGAGUAUGGAAGCAGAGAAAUAUGUAUUUCUGCUUUGAUCCCUAUCCAAGAAAUAAAGAAGGAUUCCAAUGUAGAAAUGGAGCAGCUUGUGUCUCGAUGCAUACUACCAUCGAGAGCCUUGUGUACACCAUCACAACAAACUUUGAUGAGCGUGACGUCAUCUUCUAUAUUCAUGCACUCAAAGUCUGUAAGAUACACAGAGACCCAGUACAGUCCUCCAAGUUUCCAAAACACCUUACAAUGGAUGAUUUCUCGCCUGAAGAGUUCAAGAAAUAUAAAAUGUUGAAAUCGAAGAAAACUGCUACCGAGAAGCCUAUUACUGUCGACUAUACAGCGUUAGCUAUUAGAAGACUCCUCCUAGGAGACUCGCCCGACAAUUCCAUCUUUGAAAUCGGAUCUACAGUUGAGAGUUUGGGAAUGGAGCAGAUCCCACCAAUGGUGAAGAAGCAUCCUUCCAGGUCAAUCUUGAACAAACUUAAAGAAAAACCUACUGUUGGGGAUGUCAUUGCCGAUCUGGAUUCGCCUAGUCUGUCAGAUACUCAGAUUCUGCCUGAGUUACCUCAACAACAAACAUUCGAAGAGGACAUCGAGUUCCAAGACCUAGACACUUUCGAGCUCACUAUGGAGGAAAUAGAGCUCCAAGAAAUACCACCAGAAGAGGGUUAUGCCCGAAUAAAGCUCCUUGAAACUGGAGAGGGUAUGGAAGAAGAAUACGAAGGCAUGAUGGAAGCUUAUGGUGAAGGCGAGGGCCUGGAUGACUGGUAUUAUGUGAUGAACCAGUUUGCGCAGGUUGGAGAGUACUCGUUGCCCAAAGAUGUCAGUAGGAUUUCUGAUAAUGUCAACACGGAUAUCACGUAUUUUCCUAUAAAGAAAGAGAUACUGUAUCCAACGUAUUUGAGGGACAAACAGCAGAUGAGGUACCGCAUGCAACGUUACAAAGCUACGGACGAUGAAUGGGACCUGUUUAUAGCAGCUGAACCGGAUGUAUCCAAAUCAGAAGAACUAAGAAAAGAAACAAACUUUGUAGAUCUGCCAGAUGAUACCCAGAUCGUUCUUGGGACAAAAAAUGUUGCAAGUCUUAAUCAAGAUGUUGAGUUCGUAGCACCAUUUGUGUGUAUCAUGGCGGGAGUUGUCUCUAAGAAGUAUUCUAUACUGACCUGGACUACCGAGAUUGUUGAUUAUAUUUUGAAGUGUGGUAUGGAGCUAUAUAAGGCUUCUAAAUUAAGAUAUGACCAGGUAUCCAAAUUGGAAAUACCCAAAGUGACUCUAGGCAAGAACACCUUCAAAGUACUCGUGGAGUACAUUUUCGAUACCUACACCAGGCAGAAUAUUUUGGAGCUGGCAAUUGAGAAGAUUCUCUUUGUGAGAUCAGACAUCGGAGUUUUGGUCACUCCUACAUACGCUUGUGCUUUAAUCUACAAAAACUACUUGUUCUAUUUAUAUGAUGGGUUUGGUAACAACGAAGUUGGACUUAGCGAAGGUAAAUUUUCUCUAAGUGCGAGUGCUCACUGUAGUUCUGCCGCGGGUGGUUACCGGUGCUAACAACGAAUUCACACUAGGUAGAAGGAGCCUUCGAAUUGUUUGUCUCCAACAUCUCAGUCUGUAGUCUGGCUGAAUGUGCAUGCAAGUGGACAUGGCGUCCGGAAAAUAGUGGAGUGGCCUGCAUCUCCAGAUUCAAAGAUGUCCACUCCUUAGCAGCAAGAAUAAUGUACAACAAGAAAAAGCGAGAAAGUACAGACGAAGUUGUGUACACCAGAUUCGUGUUAAGCUCUGUCAGAGUUGAAGAAAUACACGAAUCAUCUGAAGACAAGGCAAGCAGAAAGAAGCAGAGGCAGACAGAUGAAGAUAGAGAGUAUGAAUCAAACAUUCAAGAUGGAGAAGGGGGUAUUACUACUGAAAGUGAGUAUCCUGCAACAGAAGAUGAAGAAGGUACACAAUGGAAAGAUGGUGAGGUGCCGCCAAAGAGGAAGGCCACCAUAAAAGUGGGGUUUCUUUUGGUUAACCUCUCCUUUUACGUGGCCCCAGAAAAAGAAGUUCCUCAACUUCCCCGUCAGAUCGGGAGAUCUCGAUGGCCAAAUGAUCGGUACGCCUCUCCCUAGCCAACUAUUAGGGCACCAGCGGUCUAGAUACUUCCGUACCGAUACCGUAAUGUGGUGGGGUACCGUCAUCUUGGUACCCCAAAAUUUCUCCUAGUUGUUAAAUCUAUAUUAUCUAGUCAAAGAGAUACCAAUACAAAAAUGGCCAUUAUGUAAUAGAAGGAACCAGAGCACUGACAGGAAGAGAAGACAUAUCUGAUGAGCUGAAGGAAGAUCACUUCGUUUGUUUAUGUGCAUGUCUGAUCCUUCUAUUUACUCCUGUGAGGAAAUGGGAUACGAAGAAGGUAGAUUCAGCAUUAGACAAUGGAAGACAUGUCUAUUCCCAUGCUGACGAUUUAGAAAUAUCAGAGAAAAGGAUCAUUAAGAACAUUUUGGUUGGGAAGUAUUUCUUCGACAUCGUCGUGAAAGAAAUCAAGAUUGAGAACUGGAGAUGUAACAAAAAUCUGAGAGGAGGUAUUGAUACACUAUUAAGUAAACGGCUCAGCUAUUUCCUGGUCCAAUUUCCAAAUGCAAGUUACGUUGUUCACAAGACAUCGGAUGACUUGUUCCAUAUUUUUAAUCCGUAUGGUGUGCCAAAUAGCGAUAAAGCAGGAUGGGUGCAAUGCAGAGAUUUGAAGAAAGCAAGAACGAUGCUAAAGAAAUUGAUCGUUUCUGGAGGAGAAAGCUACGCAUUCUACAACUUUGAAGUCACAUCAAUAAAGAAAGCCCCCAAGGAUGUGAUCAUGAGUUACAAUUUGCAGGAGUAUGAUCUGCAAGCACCCAUGAAAAAGGAACGGUUAGGAAAGCCAUUCUACGAAGACGUAGAAUGGCUUACUACGGAUCCCAUACCUUGGUCCAGAAGAUCCGAAAAUUCGGCUAGCGGAGAUCCGAGAGGAAGAAUUGAGAGGAUGUGGCAUAAUUGGGACAUUGAGUAUCCCAAAGAUUUGUAUUCCCUUACAGGAAAUAUUCAUCAGUCCAGCAACAGGUUUUCUCAAAAGUCUCGAGGGAAGCAAACCUUAUCAAAUCUGGUAACAGCAAUCGGAAUGUUGGAGAUCUACGAACUAGCAGAAUGGAACUCAGCUGUGGUUGACUCGGUGCUGGUCAAUGGAGAUAACUACUUCCUAGAAUGUACCGAGUCAAUUUCUGAUGAAGACUAUGAGCUAUCGGUUGAUGACUUGAAGGAAGAAUGUAGUAUCUUCCCAUUUUCUUUUACUGUAGCUUUCACUCCUGUCGUAGAAGGAACGAUGUUCCUAGUUCGAGCUACGCAGUUCAAUUUGUAUAAGGCUCUCAGGUACUUCUUCAACGACGUAGAUCGCCGCUGUGGCUUGAUUUGUUGCACCAGAUCUUCCCAGAAGCGACAAGUAGCAUUCGGCAAGCUGCAAGAGAACGAAUAUUUCAUGUUUGACUGCGAAUGUUCGGGCAGACCCAUGUUUCUUGAUGGAUUCGGCGUGGCUUACAUUUUACGUACCACCACUUUGAACAGGUUGCUACACGUCCUGGCGCUUACCUUGAGAGGUGGCGAUUUCUAUAUUUACGAAGUGGCGAUAUCGGACUUGAAGCCUAUCAAUUGAUAACCGUUAACGAAAGCAUGAUCAUCAUUUUCUAAUAAUUGUCAUUGAUGGUUACAAUACAUUAUGUGAGUUCAAAGACUGUGGGAUUGUAACGUUGUUGAUGUCUUGUAUCUGACAAAAAUGUCAGUAUAAAUAAGUGAUAUAUCAUAUUGAGUGAACUUGUUAUUUGUAAUAAAUAAAUUGACAUAGUCUACAAAAUGUUACUCUGACCUGAAACAUUAUUCUUCAUAUUUUGUAAUGUGUUAUCUCAUGUUUUUCCAGAAGAAAGUGUGGACAAG